GGAAAACUCCUUCCAAUUGUCAUUUUCGCAUCUCUUCGCAUUCGCACAGAUUUGCGCGCAGUGAAACAUUAAUUGUAUCCGUUGCGUACAGCUGAUUGUAAAAAUCUUUGCAGAUGCCUUUCAAGCGACCACUGAGCUCGCACACGAGUGAUGACUCUGAAUCCGCGUCUUCCCACGACGGACCUUCCAAACGACUCAGUUCGCCAUGGAAUAUCGAGAGGGACAAAGCCGUUCUGGUGUACAUCUUACGGGCCAAAAUCCAUCCAGAAACGAUGUCUGAGCUUGCCAUGCUAGUCGAGAACUAUAAAAUUGAGCGUGUUAACAAGAGUCAUCAAGGGUCAAGCGUCGUCAGCGAACUCAACCUUGAACUCACUACCGAUGUUGAAAAGGCGGACGUCAUUGUCACCGCAACUAACAUGAGGCAGCGCCUGGAAAGGCACAUUAACUGGAGAAUUGCGAAAACGAAGGCCAUCGUAACACCAUUAUGGCUUCAAGACUCUGUGAAGUCCGGUCGGCUCCUUCCAUGCGGCAGCUAUGUUGCGGUUCGUGACUCGGAAGACGAAACUUCGCGAAAUCAAGACACCUCAUCUGGAAAUUCAUUCUACUCUCCCUCUGGGGCAGAGAAGGAAGGUUCAUGGCAAACAGAACAAGAUGAACUCAUAGAUGCUGCUGAAGUGGAGUUAUUGUCGCACAAUGCGAAAUACAGCUGCCUACGACCGUCGCCACUUGUCUGCCCCAAUCAAAGUCUGGUCAAAGAAAUCGAUAUCAUUCGACGUGGCAGGAACAUUGAAGGAGAGGAAAGAAGUAUGGUCAGCUACUCAAGGGCUAUCUCUGUCAUCAAGGCUUACCCGCGUGUCAUAACGGAGCACAAUAUCCAAGAUAUUCGCAAGCUACCGUUCUUGGGAGAGAAGAUCCUCUCAAUGAUUGAGGAGUUUCUGAAGACGGGCCGAAUAACCGAAGCGCAGACUAUGUUGGCAGAUCCGCGGUUUCAGUCACUUUCUACUUUCAUCACAAUACAUGGCAUCGGACCCUACACUGCUCGCCGUCUUUAUGGCCUUGGUCUUCGCACGCUCGAGGAACUUGAACGAUAUUAUGAAGUUAAACCAGGCGUGUCUGACGAGGAGACAAUGUCACUCCUUGAUGCUGAUGCAAGCGCAAAUACAGAGGCUGCGGCGGAACAGUCCAUUAAGAUCGGGUUGGCUCUGCGACACGACUUGAGUCAGACCAUUCCACGUGAAGAAGUAGAAGACAUUAAUCGGACCAUCAUGCGAGAACUCAGCCAUAUCCAGAAAGGAUGCAAAAGCGUGAUCGCUGGAGGUUACCGCAGAGGAAAGUCACAAAGUAGUGAUGUUGACAUAGUCGUCACCCAUACAGAUUGGAACUUAGGGUCUCAGAAAGUGAAAGGACUGUGUAGAAAGCUUGUGCAACGACUGCACGAACAAGGUUUCGUCACGCAUGUCAUGCAUCUUUCGGGAUUCCAUGAACACAACGUGUUGCGCACUCAUCACUGGGACUCCUUAGAGAAGGCCCUAACUGUGUUCGUAUGGCCCCAUAAUUCAUCGCAGCGGAGAGUUUAUCGACGUGUCGAUCUGAUCUUUGCUGCGCCGGAAGUAUUUUGGACCGCAGUAGUUGGAUGGACUGGGUCAACUAUGUUCGAAAGAGACUUACGGUUAUGGGCGAAGCAACAAAAGGGGAUGAAAUUUGACAGUUCUGGAAUAUCGCGACGUCAUGAUUCCAAAUUGUACCAUCCCAGAACGGAACGUGAUGUAUUCAAAGUACUCGGACUAAUUUAUAUUCACCCAACGCUGAGGAACGCGGAUGCAUGAUCCGGCUGGUCGUGUUCAAUUUUCCCACUUGCUUGUUCUACAAUUCUUUGUGUCGGGAUUAUAUUUCGACGUCAUUCUCCAGCAUUCUCCGUAUGUUUUGUGAUUACUUCCGCAGUCAUGCAAUAUAUGCAAUUUCGCCUGAAUGAUAUUCCAAAUGACAGUCU